AUUUAUUAAAAAUAGCUCUGAUUAAUAUUCAUCUAUCACUUUGCAAAAAAUCUCAAAAAACAUAUGAAUCAAGAAAUUCAAAACCGUAAAAUUUUGGAGGAAAUUCAAUUAAAAAAGUCCCAAUUAACCUUACAAGCUUUGCAGCCAAAUGACAAGAAGCUUGAUAUCUUACAAAAAAAUAUUGAAUCACCAAUACAGGUUGGAAUUAUGAAACAAGUAAAUGAAUUUACUCAAUUAAAUCCUACUCAGCGACUUGCUUUGAAACAAGCACACCAAUCAUCUUUUGCAUAUUUUAUAACACAAGAUUCACAAUUUGGAAACUUUAUAUUGCCAGUAAUACCUAGAUAUGAAAAGAGACUUAUUUAAAAAAGAGACUAUAAUAUUUUCCAAUUUUUGUUAUAUGUUUUUGAAAUAUUGAUCGGAAGAGUUUUGAAGAAGCAUCAUCUAAAUCUAUUUUAUUUAUAUAAUGAAUUAUACAUUUAUAACAAUAUAAACUUGGCCGCUUUUUAUCAAAAUCACUUGUAUCAAUACAUAUUGAAUUCACCUAUUUAAUAUUAUUAGUUAUUUACAAAAAAAUGUUACAUGUAGAUAGUUCCAUAUAAUCACUAAAAUGGUGUGAAUCUCAAAGGUUGGAAGAUAAGGUAAUAUAAUGAGUAUGUUGAUAAAUAGAUUUGGUAAAA